AUGCCGUCCGGUGCGACGGAUCAGUCUACGGACCCGGGUCCAUCGAUGCAAGACGCCGAUGACACGAUAUCCGUAUCCACCUCGACGCGUCCCACAAAGCGCAAAAGAGUUGCAUUGGCCUGCGACAAUUGUCGGGAACGGAAGAUCAAGUGCGAUGGCUCUAAGCCUAUCUGUAGCCCGUGCAGCAAGCGUGGAGAACCUCCUGCUCAAUGUAUCUACACUGUUAUUGCUGGCGCAGCGAAGCAAUUAAGUGAACAGGAGUACAUUUCGUCGUUGCAAAAGCAAGUAACGGAAAUGCAGCAGGUCAUAGAUCAGCUUCGACAAGAGGCGGCAACGACUGCUGCUUCCCGCAUAAAUGCGAAUACACAUACCAGGGCAUCUGCAAGUCCCUCGACUGGUACUUACGUUGCUUCGGGUAUUACCCAUGGUGGUGCCAGUAGGGCAGGGGUCUCAAUCCCAGGGCCGGAAACAGGUGGACCCAGUCCUGUUAGCGUCAUGGGAGCCCCGGCUCUGUCCCAAGAUUUUCAAGAGGAUAACCUUUUCGGUCCAUCCUCUGUUCAUUCGUUGCUUCGUGAGGUAUCUCAGCCCGAAUCUCGAAGAUCGGUUCCACAUCGAGACAAAAACCAAACACUUGGUGCAGCAUCUCUACAUUUGGCCGACUAUGCCUUGCCGCCACGGCAGGUCGCGGAUAAGAUUCUCGAUAUUUAUUUUAACGAGGUGCAUAUAUUCUACCCUUGGACACACUCUACAAGCUUUAGAGAGCGUUACGAAUCGUUAUGGUCACCAAGCGGUUACCCAGGACCCCAGAGUAGCCAAAGCGGCGACAUAGGCUUAGGAGGCGGGCAUUGCUCUGAAUCCUCUUUCUUCAGCGCGCUGAACGCCAUGUUUUCUCUCGGUUGUGAAUUCUCCGACUUACCCCACAAAGAGUCGGCAUCAGAAAUGUUCAGUUCGCGUAUGAGAAGUCUACUGCAGAUAGAUGUGCUGGACAAAGGUGAUCUGUCUCAUGUCCAGGCGUUGCUUCUUGCCGCCCAGUUUGCGAUAUCCAGCGAGCACCCUAUACGGUGUUACAACAUUGUUGGGUUGGCUUGUCGGAUCGCGGUGGGAUUAGGUCUGCACACCGAGAAGAAUGCCCAUCGGCGAUCAAAUUUGGAGAAUGAAAUUCGUCGUAGAGUCUGGUAUGGAUGUUUGCAGAUGGAAAUGACAGUCUGUAUGACAUUGGGUAGACGACCUGUCCUGGAGAUGACAGACGAUGUCCUCAUUCCGUCCGCCGUGGACGAUGAAUUCAUACGCAGCGAGGUUCCGUCGUGCAGUCAACCCGAAGGUAUCCCGUCACAAAAUAUGUUUAUGGUAGAGAACAUAAGGCUGGCCAAAGUCCUCGGCAAGAUCUUAUCUUCUAUCUACUGGCAGAGCUCUUCAUCUGAUUUCAGUACUCUUGUACGCUUGGAGUCUAUGCUUGAAGACUUCAGGACAUCUCUGGUUGAUGUUCUCAGAUGGUGGGAUCGUGACUCGGAGCCGCAACGUAUACUCACUGAUCGAGAUCAUAUUCUGAAGAGACAGCGAAAUGUCCUUCACGCCAGGUUCCUCCAUCUCAGGAUUCUACUGUACAGACCUAGCUUCAGUGCCUAUUGCGCAUCAGCAAGGAUCGCAUAUCAGAGCCGGGGAUCAGUUGAGGAACCUGGUUCUACAUGUGACAGUCCCGAAGUUAACACGUUACAAAUAGCUUUCCAGUCUCAGUGCGCUACGACAUGCGCGAAAGUUAGUUACGAGUUGUCAGUUUCCUUGUUGUCUGCAAGACAGGAUGACGCCACUGGUGCAUGGUGGUUUAGUUUAUUUUAUCUCAUGACAUGUGGCGGUAUAAUCAUCCUUGCAGAACGUGCGCAAGCUGCAGGAAGCAAGCACUUCAACCAGGCCCAGCUGGAUGCCACGUGGGAAAACACGACUAUGCUGCUACGGCUUAUUGGCAGAGAAAACCAGCGGGCAGAAGGGUUUCUGGGUCAAUUACUUCAGUUGAAGGAGCAGGCCCGUUCCGCACAUUUCUCAACAAGAAAUUCGAGAGAAGCGUCGAGGAUGGUUUCCCGUAGGCCGUCCGUCAGUCUUGAAGCUACACACGACACGGACGUGGGCAGCAACUUUGCUCCUCCUGUAGAAGACCAAGCGGUACAGGGAGAGCUUAUGACGUUAUUAUUUCAAGAAAAUUGGGAUUGGAGUCUUGAUGGUGGACUGCCCAGUUACGGCGGUUUUGAAACUGGUGAUGAAUUUGCUUUUCCACUAUGGAGUUGGUCUGCAUAA